AUGAUUGGCAACUUCACAGGCACUGCCAUGGCCCACCCCGAAGCCGAGCGUCGCAACUCCGUCACAAACACAAAUUCCAAUCUUGUCGAACCCUUAAACAACGAUUCGGAUGCGUCCACCAUAACUGUCAACCAGGACGCCACCCGGUCACGGGGUAACACCUGCAGCGACCAUGACCCAGAUCUCAAGGCGUCGGCCACCGCAGCACCACCCACUAAUGCCGACCGCGACACGGACAGCGACGUCAACUCUACCGAGAGGAGGGAACAGGAGGUACAUGCACUUGCACGCCGUUACACCACCCAGAGCCACUACUCGACUACCGGCCAGAACGUCUUCCACGCCGCACCCGGAUCAGCCCUGGACCCCAAUGGCGACAACUUCAACGCCCGUGCCUGGUGCAAGGCCAUGCUGCACAUGCAGACCGAGGACGAGCGCGCACAUCCCCCGCGGACCGCUGGCCUUGCCUUCCGUGAUCUCAAUGUCCACGGUUUCGGUUCCACUACCGACUUCCAGAAGAGCAUGGGAAAUAUCUGGUUAGAGGCUGUCGGUCUCGUCAACAAGUUGACUGGAAGGGGAAAGACCAAGAUUGAUAUUCUGCGCAAUCUCGAGGGCCUGGUGGAGAGCGGCGAGAUGCUCGUGGUACUGGGACCCCCUGGAUCCGGUUGCUCAACGUUCCUCAAGACUGUCACCGGUGAGACACAUGGGUUCUACGUCGACGAGAAGUCCAAGUUGAACUAUCAGGGUAUCAGUGCCAAGAAGAUGGCCAACGACUUCAGGGGAGAGGCCAUCUACACGGCCGAAGUCGAUGUCCACUUCCCCAACAUGACUGUUGGAGAAACGCUCUGGUUCGCUGCACGCGCUCGUGCCCCUCGCCAUAUCCCCGGUGGUGCUACCCCCAACCAGUAUGCCGAGCACAUGCGCGACGUCCUCAUGGCCAUGUUCGGUAUCAGCCACACCAUCAACACCAAGGUGGGAAACGACUACGUGCGAGGUGUGUCUGGCGGCGAGCGCAAGCGUGUCAGUAUUGCCGAAGCAGCCUUAAGUCAAGCGCCCCUGCAGUGCUGGGACAACAGCACCAGAGGCCUGGACAGCGCAAACGCAAUCGAAUUCUGCAAGACCCUUCGCAUGCAGUCGGAUAUCAACGGUACGACGGCAUGCGUUGCCAUCUACCAGGCUCCUCAGGCUGCCUACGAUUUCUUCGACAAGGUGCUCGUGCUGUACGAAGGCCGCCAGAUCUAUUUCGGACGCACGUCGACCGCCAAGCAGUACUUCAUCGACAUGGGCUUCGAGUGCCCGGACAGGCAAACCGAUGCCGACUUCCUUACUUCCAUGACCAGCCCGCUGGAACGCGUUGUCCGCAAGGGCUUCGAGGGCCGCGUCCCGCGGACGCCUGAUGAGUUCGCCCAGCGCUGGAAGGACUCGCCUGAGCGUGCUCAGCUUCUCCGCGACAUUGAGGCGUAUGACCAGAGGUAUCCGAUUGGGGGCGAGCAUUUCCAGAAGUUCAGGGAAUCUCGCAGGAAACAGCAGGCAAAGCACCAACGAGUCACGUCGCCCUACACCCUCUCCUACAUGCAGCAGAUCAACCUCUGCCUCUGGCGUGGUUUUGUGCGACUCAAGUCCGACCCUAGCAUCACCCUCUUCCAGUUAAUCGCAAACUCCAUCAUGGCCCUCAUCAUCUCCUCCGUCUUCUACAACCUCCAGCCGACCACCGCCAGUUUCUACCAGCGUGCCGCUCUUCUCUUCUUCGCCAUCCUCAUGAACGCCUUCGGCUCCGCCCUCGAAAUCCUCACCCUGUACGCCCAGCGUCCCAUUGUCGAAAAGCACUCACGUUACGCUCUUUACCAUCCGUCUGCAGAGGCCUUCGCGUCUAUGCUGACUGACUUGCCGUACAAGAUUCUCAACGCUAUUUUCUUCAACUUGGUUCUCUACUUUAUGACAAACCUCCGGAGAGAGCCCGGACCGUUCUUCUUCUUCGUCUUCACCUCCUUCGUAAUCACGCUCGUCAUGUCCAUGUUCUUCCGAUCCAUUGCCUCCCUGUCCAGGUCCCUUGUUCAGGCUCUGACUCCUGCGGCCAUCCUUAUCCUGGGUCUCGUCAUGUAUACCGGUUUCACUAUCCCCACCUCGUACAUGCUUGGAUGGUCCCGCUGGAUCGGUUACAUUGACCCCGUCGGCUACGGUUUUGAAUCGUUGAUGAUCAACGAGUUCCACAACCGCAACUUCGAGUGUGUCAAUUUCGUCCCCAUGGGUCCUGGGUAUGAGAAUGUCGGGCCCACGAACCGUGUCUGCUCCACUGUCGGCUCAGUACCUGGACAGCCCUAUGUCAACGGCGACGUCUACAUCGGCUCGGCCUUCAACUAUCACCACUCCCACAAGUGGAGGAACAUCGGCAUCCUCUUCGGCUUCAUGUUCGGCCUCUUGGGCGUCUAUCUUGCGGCUACCGAAUUGGUGACGGCGAAGAAGUCCAAGGGUGAAGUCCUCGUUUUCCGUCGCGGGCACAAGUUGAUCAAGAAGAGCAAGUCCACUGAAGAUCUAGAAGGUAACCCUACCGGCCGCCCUGUGUCCGCCGAGAAGACCAACUCGGACGAAAUUGCCAUCAUCGAGCGCCAGACCGCCAUCUUCCAGUGGAGCGAUGUUUGCUACGAUAUCAAAAUCAAGGGUCAGCCUCGCCGGAUUCUGGAUAAUGUCGAUGGUUGGGUCAAGCCGGGUACCUUGACUGCGCUCAUGGGUGUGUCUGGGGCAGGCAAGACUACGCUUUUGGAUUGUUUGGCUACUCGUACCACUAUGGGUGUCAUCACGGGUGAGAUGCUUGUUGACGGCAAACCCCGCGACGAGUCCUUCCAACGCAAGACUGGCUAUGUCCAACAGCAGGAUCUCCAUCUUUCUACGUCGACCGUCAGAGAAGCUCUUACCUUCUCCGCUCUCCUUCGUCAACCCGCUCAUGUGCCUAAGCAAGAGAAGCUGGACUAUGUCAAUGAGGUUAUCAAGCUCCUGGAUAUGACCGAGUACGCCGAUGCCGUCGUUGGUGUUCCCGGUGAAGGUCUCAACGUCGAGCAGCGUAAGCGUCUUACCAUUGGUGUAGAACUGGCUGCGAAGCCCGCUCUCCUUCUCUUCUUGGACGAACCCACCUCCGGUCUAGAUUCUCAGACUUCUUGGGCGAUCCUGGAUCUUUUGGAUAAGCUCAAGAAGAACGGUCAGGCUAUUCUUUGCACUAUUCAUCAGCCCUCCGCCAUGCUGUUCCAGCGUUUCGAUCGUCUCCUCUUCCUCAAGGCCGGCGGCCAGACCGUGUACUACGGCGAUGUCGGCGCAAACUCCCAGAUCCUCAUUGACUACUUCGUCCGCAAUGGCGGAAAGCCUUGCCCUCCUGACGCCAAUCCUGCCGAAUGGAUGUUGGAGGUCAUCGGUGCAGCUCCUGGCUCUCACACGGACAUCGACUGGCACCACGUCUGGCGGAACAGCCCGGAAUAUGCCGCAGUCAAGCAACACCUUGCCGAAUUGAAGGCGGAACGGUCCCAAAUGGAGGGCCUGUACCGUACCGAAACUGCCCAGAGGCGCGAGGAUAAGGCCAGCUAUCGGGAAUUUGCCGCGCCGUUCUGGGAGCAACUCAAGGUCGUCACCAUCCGUGUCUUCCAGCAGUACUGGCGCUCGCCGACCUACCUGUACUCCAAGCUGUCGCUGUGCAUCCUGUCCGCUCUCUUCAUCGGCUUCUCGCUCUACAACAGCCCCAACACGAUGCAAGGUCUCCAGAACCAAAUGUUCGGCAUCUUCAUGUUGAUGACCAUCUUCGGCCAGCUGGUGCAGCAAAUCAUGCCGCACUUCGUCACGCAGCGCGCCCUGUACGAGGUGCGCGAACGCCCGUCCAAGGCCUACUCGUGGAAAGCCUUCAUGAUCGCCAACAUCACGGUCGAACUGCCGUGGAACACGCUCGCGGCCGUCUUCAUCUUCGUCUGCUGGUACUACCCCAUCGGGCUGUACCGCAACGCCGAGCCGACCGACGCCGUCAACCUGCGCGGCGGCCAAAUGUUCCUCUUCGUCUGGAUGUUCCUCCUCUUCACCUCGACCUUUGCGCACAUGGUCAUCGCGGGCGUCGAGCUGGCCGAAGCCGGCGGCAACAUUGCCAACCUGUGCUUCUCGCUCUGCCUCAUCUUCUGCGGCGUCCUCGCCACCCCCGAGCAGCUGCCCGGCUUCUGGGUCUUCAUGUACCGCGUCUCGCCCUUCACGUACCUCGUCUCCGGCAUGCUGUCGACGGGCCUCGCAAACACAAACGUCGUCUGCGCCACCAACGAGUACCUGCACUUUGACCCCGCGCAGGGCACCUGCGGCGAGUAUCUGGCGCCGUACAUGGCGGUCGCGGGCGGCUACGUCGAGAACCCCAACGCGACGGCGGAGUGCACCUUCUGCGCCAUGGGCGACACGAAUGUGUUCCUCAAGGCCGUCAGCUCGGAUUACAGCACCGCGUGGCGCAAUUUCGGUAUUCUGUGGGCGUACAUUGUGUUUAAUGUGUUUGGGGCGUUGUUCUUGUAUUGGUUGGUGAGGGUGCCGAAAGUGAAGAGGGAGGAUAAGGGGGAGAAGACGGGGAAGGAGGAGGGGGAGAAGGCGGGGAAGAAGGAGGAGGGUGAGAAGACGGUGGUUGGAGGUACGGUGAAGGAGGUGCGGGAGAAGGUUACUGGGGAGGGUGAGGGUGAUAGGGAUGUGGGUGGGAAGCUGGAGGGGAAUAGGCAGGGGGAGGCGGCGCUGGCAUAA